AAGCUUUGCGUCGCGGAUUCCCAGUCCUGGGCAGAUGGCGCCGGCGCAGCGUUGUCCUCUUUGCCGCCAGACUUUCUUCUGCGGUCGCGGCCACGUCUACAGUCGCAAGCACCAGCGGCAGCUGAAGGUGGCUUUGGAGCGGCUCCUGCCGCAGGUGGAGGCCGCCCGCAAGGCCGUCCGCGCUGCUCAGGUGGAGCGUUACGUGCCCGAGCACGAGCGAUGGUGCUGGUGCCUGUGCUGCGGCUGUGAGGUGCGGAAACACCUGAGCCACGGAAACCUGACCGUUCUGCACGGCGGGCUGCUGGAGCAUCUGGCCAGUCCAGAGCACAAGAAAGCAACCAACAAAUUCUGGUGGGAAAACAAGGCUGAGUUCCAGAUGAAAGAGAAGUUUUUGAUCUCCCCCCAGGACUUUGCACGAUUCAAGAAAUCCAUGGUGAAAAGUCUGGAUUCCUAUGAGGAAAAAGAGGAUGAAGUGAUUAAAGAGAUGGCAGCUCAGAUCCGAGAGGCAGAGCAAAGCCGGCAGGAGAUGGUUCGGUCUGUCUUAGAGCCUCAGACAGUGCCAGACCCAGAAGAGGGCUCUUCAGCACCUGGAAGCUGGAAUGGGACGAGCAGCCAAGUAGCCUCCACCUCACAGCAGCCCUCAUACUUGGACCUGCCACCAGCCCCCGAGCUCGACUGGAUGGAGACCGGACAGCCUCUGACAUUCAUUGGCCAUCAGGAUACACCAGGAAUUGGUAACAUACACUCAGGUGCCACACCCCCCUGGAUGGUCCAAGAUGAGGACUGUAGUUCUGGGAACCAACAAAUAGGACCCUCCUAUGAAGAGUUUCUUAAAGAAAAGGAAAAACAGAAACUGAAGAAACUCCCACCAGACAGAGUUGGGGCCAACUUUGACCACAGCUCCAGCACCAGUGCCGGCUGGCUGCCCUCUUUUGGCCGGGUCUGGAAUAAUGGACGCCGCUGGCAAUCCAGGCAUCAAUUCAAAACGGAAGCUGCAGCAAGAAACAAACAGCAGUCACAUAAAGGAAAAACACUAAUGGCUUCCUGAUGUACUUCCAACCACCAUAAGGCUCAAAGCCAAGGCAACAAAUCUGCUAUAAGCUAUUAUCCUGUAACUGCCUUUCUUAGGAACCAGACAAACCCAGUUAUUUGAUUUAAUAAAGUUUUAUUUU